UUUACAUCAGUUUGACAACCCGUUUGUCUCUGUCCUCAUAUUAUCUCUACCAAAGAGCACACAUAUAUGUGUACAUAUCUACCUAUAUAUAUGCAUACAUGAUACACCUUGUGCACCACCCACCCCCACCCCGACCCUACCCGACCCGACCCAUAUUUGAAAUGGAUAGCAGAACUUGGUUGUUGAUCAUUGUUUGGCAUAUGAUGAUGAUAUGGGUGUGUGCAAGAAAUAUGCAUUUUGAAUCCUCACAUGGUCUAGUUCACCAAGGCCAGAUUUUGCAUUCUCCUCGGACUCCUUUUGCCAUGAAAGAGGGAAUUGGUGGUAGCAGAGCAAAGGAAGAGGAGGUGCUAAGUAGACUUGGGUCAAGACCACCAAGAUGUGAGCACAGGUGUAAAGGGUGCACCCCAUGUAGCCCAAUUCAAGUUCCUACUGUCCAUUUGGGUCCACAAUAUGCAAACUAUGAGCCAGAAGGCUGGAAAUGCAAAUGUGGCUCUGUUUACUAUGACCCUUAAUAAUUCAAUAUGAUGUACAACUUUCUUUCUAAUAUAGGUACUAUAUUUAUGAAGGGAUAUUUAGAUGUU